UUGCUCUUGAAGACCUUCGCAAUAUGAAUGAGCAAGCUAAGGGCCCUGAGGAGGUUUCUUCAAAGAGGAAAACGUCUGAACCUUUGCGAUUCAAGCAAAGACCCAUCAUUGCUCAUGUUAAGCAUGGCGAUGCGCACAGAUGACAUUGGGAGAGACAUGCAGGGUAAAAAAAUUUACCCUGUGACUGAAUAUUCUAAGUCACAACGCAUCGCACUGCUGAUUAAUAUAAUACAUUUUCAUAAUCCGAAAUCAAACCGACAUGGAGCUGAGUACGACACGCAGGCUAUGCUCAGUCUGUUUCAUUUUCUGGGAUAUGAGGUGGUGGAUUAUCAGGACUUGACUGCACAGGAGAUUGAUGAGGCUCUAAUUAAUUUCUCCAAGCAUCCAAAGCUCUUUAAUACAGACAGUGUGUUUGUGGUUCUCAUGUCUCAUGGAGGCUUGGGAACUAUCUGUGGCUCUGACCUGAAGGACUUUGAAACUGACAAAAUUUAUGAGCGCUUAAACACAAAGAACUGUCCCGCACUAAUGAACAAACCAAAGGUCAUCAUCAUUCAGGCCUGUACAGGAGGGAAUGAAGGAGUGGUGAAGGUAUCUGGAAGUAGACAAGUGAUGGCCACAGAAUACAUCAGAUCCUCAUCAAAAACGUUGCCAAAGGUGGUAUGGUACAUGCAGAAAAGGACUUCAUCGGUUUUUUAUUCCAGCACUCGUUACACCUUUUCAUAUAGAAUCCCAAAAUAUCGUUCUGAUUUUAUCCAUUACAUUUGUGAUGUGAUCUUCACUUAUUGUCAUAAGGAUGAUAUUGAAGAACUGUUUAAAAAGAUGCCAACCAAAGAGAGAGACACUUUGACAAAAGAGUUCUACCUGCUUCCAGGCUGCACAGGGUCAGAGUGGACGUUUUGGAGCAGGAAGCACCUGAAGGACAACGCUAAAGACAGUCAAACUUCCUCUGAGGAGAUGGACAGAAACAAGGAACUGGAGUUAAGCAUGGCGAUGCGCACAGAUGACAUUGGGAGAGACAUGCAGGGUAAAAAGUAA